GCAACAUCCCACCUAGUCUUCCUGGCGACUGUUUCUCAUUCGCGAUCCUAGAAAUCGUCGUGCCCAAGAUGGCGGGCCAACCAAUGGAGUCACGCUUCGGGCGCAUGUCGAUACAUGACGAAAACAACGAUCCAAGCGAUGGCGCUCGACUUCAGCAAAAGGCGAGAGAGCUCAAGUCAAAGGCAGGUCCCAGUCAAGUCCAACACACGAGCGCCCCCGGCAGGCCGAAUCUCUUCAAAGUAGCCCUUCAAUCGCAAAGCGGCAAUACCGUAAUCGCGCAAAGGAAGAAUCCGCCCAUCAUCUCUAGCGAACCUCCCUCACCACGAAAACCACAGAGAACCGUUCCCGUUGCCACGAAAUCUUCGACCAUUGUUUCAUCCGCCGCUCACAAGUCCACGACAUACGCCGGCAUUCGUAGAGUCGACGACGAUGAUCACGACGAACUUUCGCAGCCAAUGGCCUCCGCUAGCGUUUCUUCGACAGGUACAUCUACAUCCGAGUCAUCCUCUAGUGCCGGCUACGAUCAGUCGAUAUCCCCCAAACAAUUCCACCUUGGCAUGUUUGAAAUCGGUCGGCCACUUGGCAAAGGCAAAUUCGGCCGCGUAUACCUCGCGCGGGAGCGCAGCUCUGGUUUCAUCUGUGCCCUCAAGGUGCUCUACAAGUCGGAAUUGCAACACGGCACCGGAGUCGAGAAGCAAGUGCGUCGCGAGAUCGAAAUUCAAUCCAACCUACGACACCCCAAUAUCUUGAAGUUGUACGGACACUUCCAUGACAGCAAGCGCAUCUUUUUGAUUCUCGAGUACGCCGGCAAGGGCGAGCUGUACAAGCACCUACGCAAGGAAAACCGUUUUCCCGAAUGGAAAGCAGCGCAGUAUGUUGCGCAAAUGGCAUCCGCCCUCAAAUACUUGCACCGCAAGCACGUCAUUCACCGCGAUAUCAAACCGGAGAAUAUUCUAGUCGGCAUUCACGGGGAGAUCAAGAUAUCGGAUUUCGGCUGGAGCGUGCACGCGCCCAACAACCGGAGGCAGACGCUCUGCGGAACCCUGGAUUACCUGCCGCCAGAGAUGAUCCGGAGCGGAUCCAAGGAUAACUGGUACAAUGAGAAAGUGGACUUGUGGAGCUUGGGCGUGUUGACGUAUGAGUUUUUGGUCGGCGAGGCGCCGUUUGAAGAUACGCCGAUCAUGACACAGAAGAGGAUUGCGAGGGCGGAUAUGACCAUUCCCGAGUGGGUCAGCAAGGAGGCAAAGGAUCUGAUCAAGAAGUUGUUGGUACUCGACCCUGAGAAGCGUCUUCCUUUGGAGGAGGUGGAGAACCACCCUUGGAUCUUGAAGCACUGCGUCAAGGGAGAAAGGGCUGCGAACCGGGAGAAAAUGGCAAGUAAAAUGGGCAACUGAGGGGUGUCUCUUGGGUUUGCUUUUACUUUGUCUGAUAUCCGUCGAACUUUCUUCGAGCACUGCGAAAGCGUGGAGCCCACUUGCAUUGUUAGCUUGUUUUUCUUGUUUUGUUUUUCCUUUCUUCUUCAGGUUGUAAUACGGGCGUUCUUGGGCGUUUGAGCGAGAGGAAGAGGGCUAGGAUCAGAAUCCCCGUAUUGUCAAGGGGAGGAGGCUUAUGAGUUCAUUAUCUGUGCAUAUACGUUACCUACGUUCCGGCAUUUAGCGAGCAAUGGACUGGACAUUGACUUUA